AUGACCGAUCUGAGAAAGCAGUUAGAGUUUUACUUCAGCAAUCAGAAUUACCACAAAGACACGUAUCUCAGAACAACGUGUGAAGAAAAUGAGGGAAUUCCCAUAGAAAAAAUUCUUAAGUUCAAAAAAUUGCAGCCCUGUAAUUACAGCGAGGAUGAUAUCAAGGAAGCACUGAAGGACAGCAAAAUUGUCAAGGUGAACGGUGAAAAACUGAUAAAGGUCCAUGAUACAAGCUAUGAUGAAUAUGUGACUAGAAAGCACACUGAUUACACCGUUGUUAUAGGGGGCAUCGAUAAAGACUUAUCAUUAGAAGAGAUAGAAUCUGGGCUAUGCAAGUACUUUGUGCCUAAGCUGAUCAGGAUGAUGAAAAACGGCAAGAGAAAGUUUCUUGGCAUCGUAAAAGUUGAGUUGGAAAGUGUUGAGGAAGUGGAAAGAGUGCUGAAGAUGGAUAUUCCCGCGUUCGGUAAGAAAGAUAUUGAAGAAAAGACGGGUGAAGGAUCGAAGGAUGAUCUUGACGUAGUGGAAAAGGAUGAUGUGCCCAAAAACAAAAAAAUAGAAACUGAGGAUACAGAAAAUGUUGCUGAUGACCACGAAUCGGGAGAAGACAAGAAAAAAAACACGGAAAGCAAAGAAGAACCAGCGCAGGCCGAAUCAGGAGCCACAAAAAAGAAGAAAGAUGAUGAAAGUGUUAAGAAGAUCAAAAGGAACCUGUUGAAGAUUUAUACCGAGGAAGAUUACCAAAAAAUGAAAGGCUCCAAUGGCAGUAGCACCGAAAAACGAGAUGAAUUCCUCGUCAAAAACAAGGAUAAAUUGUACAAAUUUAUUAGCGAUAAGGAAUGGACGAUAAAGGACAUGAAAGAUGCCGUUAAAAAUGUUGUUUUUGUUGAUUUGGAUAAAAAAGUUUUGCGGUUUAAGGAUGCUCCUGAAGAAGAGAGUACCAAGAUUAAUGAUGAGCUAGAGAUAUUGCGGAUGAGAGAUGAGGAGUGCAAGGAAUAUGCUGACGGCAUAAAAUUUGGAGACCAAAAAAAAAGUAGGAAAAGAAAGAUGAGGUCAUGAAUUAAUAAAUUCUACUUGUUUUACCA